AUGUUGAAAUUUUUGAUCCUCAUCCUACUUUCCAUUUUGAGCACUGCAGCUGCUCAAAACUACUUUUAUGGUUUAAAUUACGGUAUCAACCAAAAUGCUUGUCCCUCCUACGAGACCAUCAAGGCUGAAUUCGCUCAAAUCAAAAAGUAUACGAACCGUGUGCGUACCUUUUCCCUGUCUGUAUGUAAUGAAGGCGCUCUUGCAUUGCGUGCAGCCAAUGAAUUGGGCAUGAACAUCUAUUUGGGGAUGUGGAUUGAUCGUCCCGAUACAUUCGAUGCUGAAAUGGCUGCUUUGAAGGCUAUUCUUGCCAACAAUCAGCAAGGAUCUUUCAGCAAGGUUGAUGCUAUUAUUGUUGGUUCUGAGGUACUUUAUAGAAAAGACACUGAUGAAAACUCAUUGGCAAACUACAUUGGUACUGUUCGCGAUUUGGUCAAACCCAAAGGUAUUUCUGUCACUACUGCUGAUGUCUACUACGAAUUCCCUCCCGUUGUAGUUGAAAAACUGGACUUUUUAUUAAUGAACGCAUUCCCUUACUGGGAAGGUGUUACUGCCAAUCAAGGUGCUUCCACACUAAUGGCUCAUUAUGAUUCUGUUGUCCAGCAAAAGGCGAAUGGUAAGCCUGUCCGUAUUGGCGAGACUGGCUGGCCAUCUGGUGGUGGUAACUUUGGUGCUUCUGUUGCUUCAUCUGCUAAUCAAAAGCUGUACUUAUCCAACGUUCUCUGUGUCACUCGACAAAGAAACAUUGACAUGCUCUACUUUUCUGCCAGAGAUGAGCCUUACAAGACUGGUGUUGAAGCUUAUUGGGGUGUCAUGUAUUCUAAUUUCACCUUGAAGAGCAACCUGCCUACUACACUACUCGCAAAUCCUUGUUAA